GGAUAAAAAAACAAACACCGAACGGAGAGAGACGCCAAGAUUUAGUGUCCUUUGAAUGUGGGGAACUUCAACAGGACGGGACAGCUGUGAGAGAAAAUAUGAGAAUACCCAAAAACUGAAUCUUAAUUCUGCAGCAGAGAGUGACUUUAAAAUUUCUCCAAGCCGCAACUCAAAGUGAAAGUAAGUAUGAAAAACUUUCUGAGAGGAGAUGAGGUAAGUGGAGUAACAACUGACUGAUUGUUUUCUCUUUUCUUUUGUUGUGUUUCAGUUGUCGUUUCAGAAAGAAAAUGUCAUCACAAACAGAAAAGGAUCUCCUGUGCCCUGUCUGCCAUGACAUCUUCAGACUUCCUGUGUUCCUGUCAUGUACCCACAGCUUCUGUAAAGACUGUAUUAAACAAUGGUGGCAAGAGAAUCAGAUACAGGUCUGUCCAGUUUGUAAAGAAAUAUCUCCACAAAGUGAUCCACCCACAAACUUGGUGUUAAAGAACCUGUGCGAAGCCUUCCUACUGGAGAGAGAAAAGUCUAAAGCUCUUUGUAGUCAGCACUCAAAGAAACUCAGACUCUUCUGUCUGGACCACCAAGAGCCUAUCUGUGUCAUCUGUCGCGACUCAAAGGCACACAACAAACACACGUUCUUACCCGCUGACGAAGCUGCAGGAGAUCACAGAGAGAAGCUGGAGAAGUUUCUGGAACCUUUGCAGGAUAAAAUGAAACUCUUUGAAAGCGUAAAAAGAAACAGUAUUCAAACAGCUGAGCACAUUAAAGUCCAGGCCAAGAUCACAGAGCGUCACAUUAAAGAGCACUUUAGGAAGCUGCACAAGUUUCUAGAGGAGAAAGAGGAGGCCAGGAUCUCAGCUCUGAGGGAUGAAGAGGAGCACAAGAGUCAGGUGAUGAAGGAGAAGAUUGAGGGUCUGGAUGAAGAGAUAGCAGCUCUCUCAGAGAUAAUCAGAGCCACGGAGGAAGAGCUGAAAGCUGAAGAUGUUGCUUUUCUGAAGAACUACAAAGCUGCAGUGGAAAGAGUCAAACAGCGCCCCCUGCCAGAUGAUCCAGAGCUGGUCUCAGGAGCUCUGAUAGAUGAAGCCAAACAUCUGGGUAACCUGAGCUUCAACAUCUGGAAAAUGAUGAAGGAGAAGGUCUCCUACAGUCCUGUGAUUCUGGAUCCAGACUCUGCUCAUCCUGAACUCGUCCUGUCUGAAGAUCUGACCAGUGUGAUCUUUGGAAUAAGACAGGAGCUCCCUGAUAACCCGGAGCGCUUUGACCACUACCCCAUCGUCCUGGGCUCUCAGGGCUUCAACUCAGGGAGUCACAGCUGGGAUGUUGAAGUCGGAGACUGUAAGGACUGGAAAGUUGGCGUGUUGGAGGAAUCUGCCCAGAGAAAGGGAGAGCCUCUGUCUGGACUGUGGAGAAUUGGGCUCUAUGAUGGAGUCUACUCAGCGCGGUCACUGCCAGAAUCCUCCACCGUUCUCUUUCUGGACAAACCGAAGAAGAUCAGAGUUCAGCUCGAUUUUGACAAAGGAAAGUUAUCAUUCUCUGAUCCUGAUACCAACACACAAAUACACACCUUCACACACACUUUCACUGACAGACUGUUUCCAUACAUCAGCAAUCUGGAUAAAUGCCCUCUGAAGGUCUUACCACAGAAGUGACCGUUAUUCGAUUUGAUAACCAUCGAUGGUCUGUCAACAAAACUACAUUUUCUUCACCAAGAGCUUUAUCACCUACUGCUUUAGUCCAUAACUGUUAACACGACAUCAGUCAAAUUGAGUAUUUGAGAAAUAACACAAAAAAACAAAUCAAAGUAUAAACAAUAACACCUUACUGACAUUCUUCUGACUGAGCUGGGCAGAGAUGAGACAAACUAUUGUCAACUGAACUUCAAAAGAAUGAUCACACUGCUGGUGAGAAGUAUUGAUAAUAGAAUUAGAUAAGAGAUCCUAAAUGACUUGAACACACAGCUGUUUGUUUUAAUGUGGGAUUAAACUGCUCAAGUGAUGUCAUGUCACCAUCUAUCUAUCUAUCUAUCUAUCUAUCUAUCUCUCUCUCUCUCUCUCAACCUAAGCAGAGUUGCAGUGUCAGAAUAUUAUUGUUAUCAUGGGCUUUAAAUCAGCUUUACUUUUGUAUUGUGAGUUAACAUUUAAUGUACAACCCUAGUGCUGUACAUCAAUGAGUUAUAAAGUCCUGAAUUAUGAAUUUUACCUUCUUUUUAUCGAGGUUAUCGGUCCUUUGUCAGUACUUUAUUUUAACCCUACCUGAAGUCUAUAAUGGUUGUUGAAAAGGAGGAUUCAAUGAUGCAUUUUCUUAGAAAUUUGAUGUAAAUAAAUUAAAAUGUAAGAAACCAGUUAAAUCCUAAUGUAUCAUAAGAGAUCCUAAAUGACUUGAACACACAGCUGUUUGUUUUAAUGUUGGAUUAAACUGGUGUGUUAUUUACUGUAUGUCUCUAUCUAUCUAUCUAUCUAUCUAUCUAUCUAUCUAUCUAUCUAUCUAUCUAUCUAUCUAUCUAUCUAUCUUCUCAACCUAAUAAUCAUUCAGCAAAUCACAGAGCACAAUAUAAAUUGGCUGAUGUGUAAUCUAAAUGGGAAAAUGUUUAUGUUUCUUAUUAUUUUGUUGUUUGUUUGUUUGUUUGUUGAAUGUAGGAUCAUUCCAUUGAUUUUAUUUUCGCUAAAACUCCAGUGAAAUUUAGUUUGUGAUAUCUCCUUAUUUGUAAUGAUUUGGUACCUUAAAUGUGUUUUGCCUCUCUAAUGUAAGAGUUUGGUAAUGUUUUAAAUCUGUCACAUUGGAUAUAUGCUUUUUUUUGGUGUACUGAUUUCCAAAACCUUGUUCAGAAACUAAACUUAAUGCAGAUUUUUUUUACAUAUUCUGUCAGCCUAAUCCUCAGGAUACAGGAUGGGUUUGUGUUAAGUUAAAAAUAGAUGAAUUAAAAAACUGCA